AUGAAUCGCUGGCGUCAAUCCGUGGUGGAGAUCCAAACCAGAAAAAGACAAGUGAAUGAAUGUGAGCAGGCACAGGUCGCCCUGAGCAAAGUGACGUCCUGCUUCCAACAAAUGGCAAUGUCCUUGGGGACCAACACAGACGGGAGCUGCCUUAGAGAAGAGCUAGAGGAAACCAGGACACUAGCUCAUAGAAUAUGCACAGGGCUUCACCGGAGACUGCUUGCGCUGCUGAUAGAAAUGGAACAAGGACAAGAGGACAAAGAACAGGUUGAGCGGCUUUGGGUACUCUUCCUUUCAAGCUUGGAAAACUUUCAGCAAGACCUAAGGAAGGUCACCACCUUGCAAAAUAUGUUCCCCCUCACACAGCGCAAAGACAGGCAAGCCCUCAUCAACACAGGUUGUGCAGGUGGAACAUCUGAAGUAGCGGCUCGGGCAGCCAUGGUGCAGACCCCAUGGUUUUUGGUAGAGAUGACGGCAAGCCCAGAUCUGAAGACCCAUGUGGAAGAGAUUGAUAUUCUACUUGAAGAAAUGCUACAGAGAGUUAAUGUGCCACUGUGGUCAGUGGAACCCACGCAACAAGCAUGGGUGGAAGGCUGUUCUACCCAAGAUGGUGGGCAUGAAGAUGAUGAGACACUAGAGGAGAUGAUGGAAGUAGAGGUGGUGUCUCAAAAUACUACAACAGGCUGUUGCCAUCACCAAAACUGCAAAGUAGGCUGUCUACUGUGUCUGCUCAGCUAG